AUGUCUUCCAAGGCGGCUCCCGACAGCUUCGUGUUCGACCUCGACGGUGACGGCCAGGGCGGCUUCUACCGCGUGCGCAUGGCCAACAAGCCGGGGGAGAUCAACCGGCCGGUGAUGAUCAACCGCGGGGACAAGUUCCAAGUCCUGGCCGACCUUCUCGACGUGGCGCAUGGGACUGCGAGCGAAGGAGGCGAAAGCGCGACUCUCGUCGUCGCCAGCUUCUACUUUCUUCCCUCGCACGAGCGGCGCUUCAAGCGCGCCCAGAUUACCUGGACUUUUACGAGCGACGAUCCGGCGGUGGACGUGGAAGUGACGAAGAUCGCACCCAUGGGGACCUGGUCGCUCACCCCAACCAAGCGAACAGACGAGAGGAGCGUGACGGGGAAGGGCGAAGUGGGUGCCUCGGCCGGCCCUGCCACGGCGGGCGGCGGCGGCGAGUAUUCGAUGAAGCAGACGCAGGACCGCGACUUCCAUACCGAGGUCACAGGAGCUAAGCGGGUGAACGAACGUGAAACAGGUGGCCACGACACGGCGCGGUGGGAUCUCGAAGAGAAUCCGGCCCAAAGCACCGGUAUCGCCCGCAUGCUCCAAGUUGGCCUGCUGCUGAAACGGACUGUGCUUCCCGGGAUGACCCCGAAGCCUGGACCACCACCUACGUUCAGAGGCACCUUGGAGGUCGUCGCCGAGAAGGACUGGUGGUCACAGCGUGCGUCUGAGGUGAAACGUGUGUGGAAGAAAACAGACAAGGAAGACGCAAUCGUCUUCCGGCCAGGAGUUGAUCGCACGAGCGGCCUUUUCGACAUCCAACAGAAUAAUCUCGACAGCCUCCAUCUGCAGGAUAAAGUCAUGUUUAUGAGUCUCCACGAAAGCUACGAGGAAGUACAGAAGGAGAGAAAGGCGAGAACUUGUCUGAAAGAUGAGUAG